GUGACGCACUUCCGGCGGCCGCGCGGAGGCAGCAUGGCGGCAGGGGAGGCCAUGGCGGCGGAGGUGCCCGCGUCGGCCGCGGCCGUGAGGGCGGCGCCGCUCCUGGCGCUGGAGCCGCGGCUGCAGCGCCAGUUCCAGCAGAAGGUGCAGCGGGCCCGCACUAAGCGGACGGCCAAGGAGGAGCUGACGCCCGGCGUGGUAUUCGUGGGGCAUCUCCCGCGGGGCCUGUGCGAGCCGCAGCUCCGCGAGUACUUCGGGCAGUUCGGCACGGUGACGCGGCUGCGGCUCUCCCGGAGCAAGAAGACUGGAGCCAGCAAAGGCUAUGCAUUCAUGGAGUUUGAGUCUGAUGAUGUGGCCAAGAUUGUUGCAGACACAAUGAACAACUACCUGUUCUCUGAGAGACUGCUGAAGUGUCAGUUCGUGCCUCCCGAGAAGGUGCACGAGAGCCUGUUCCAAGGCUGUGACAGGAUGUUUCGGCAGCCCUCGCAGCCGGCCGUGCGGCGCUACAACCGCGUGCGCUCCCUGCUGGAGAAGGCCAGGAUGACGCAGCGCCUGCUGAGGAAGGAGAGGCUCUUACGGAAGAAGCUGGCUGAGAAGGGGCUGGACUAUGACUUCCCAGGAUUUGCUGCACAGGCACUUUCCAAAAAGAGGAAAAAAGUUAAAACAUCCAAGAAACGAAAUCUGAACAUUUCUUUGAGCAGCCAGGAUCCUACUCCAGUGUGUACUCCAGCAGUGCUCGAGCGCCGGAAAGCUGCUCGGAUGGAUGAUGACACAGAGGAUGAUGAAGUAACACUCAGGCUUCCCUCUGCCAGCGGUAAGAAUGCUGUGCAGAGACCAAAGAAGCAGCCAACAAAGGCCAAGCCUGAAGAAACAGAAACAGACUUAAAAUUGUUAUGCAUGUAGCCAUAUUUUUCUCAACUAUAAAAACUUUUGAGGUGGAGCUUCUA